GCCAAUCGCCCCCGAGUCACACUCACCUUUGCCCAGUCACUCGACGGCAAGAUCGCCGGCGCUGGCGGCGCCCAGCUUGCCCUGAGCGGGUCCGAGAGCAUGCUCAUGACUCACUGGAUGCGCACCAUGCACCAGGGCAUCCUGGUCGGCAUUGGCACUGCCCUUAACGAUAACCCACAGCUGAACAUACGUCACGUUCCUGCCGAUGUCCAACCUCGCCCUCCCGCACCCACCCCAAUCAUCGUCGACACCACCCUCCGUUUGCCCAAUACUUGCAAGUUGCUGCAAAAUUAUCGCGUUGGAACAGGUCUCCAGCCGUGGAUAGUCCAUGCUCAGAGACCACAUCAUGAUGCAGAUGCCUUCGAAAAACGCAGGGCUGCACUACAGAGUGCUGGCGCCGAACUUGUCCCCAUCUCCACCGAUUCUUCUGGGCUGCUUUCUAUGCAGGAUGUUCUUCAAGCACUCCACAUCAAGGGAAUCAAGACCCUGAUGGUUGAGGGAGGUGCUCGCAUCAUCCGGUCCUUUCUCAAUCAACACGCCGACGAGCGUGCUGCGGGCAGGGAAGGCCUGAUCGAUAACUUAAUAAUCACUCUCGCGCCAACCCUUGUAGGCGAUGAGGGUGUAGGCUACGGUGUU